AUGGCGAGUCCAGUGCUGCCGACGGAAUCCGAACCCAUUGCGAAGUUGAAGAGGGGUCUACGAAGGUACUUUGAGGAAGACGAAGAGUUCCGUGUGGACCCCCACCAUGCAACUGAGCUGCUGCAAUGCCUCAGAGACUCCAAGAAACGCUCCCGAGACUUGGAAGCUGAGGGCCGGAGUUUGAGGGCACGGAUUGACAGUCUGCAAACACAGCUGGACAUGUCCAACAAGGCCAAUAUAGAUGCAGAGCUAGCGAUCCAAGAACGAGAUCUCGAGCUGGGAACAAAGAACGACCAUAUCAAGAUGCUCCUACAAGAGAGAGAUCAGCUCCGGCUCUGUGUCAAGGGAGCACACGAAGCCUCAGGGAGACUCAAGCAAAGCCUGAAGGAUCUCAAUGCAGCAAUGCAAGCCACAAAGAUGGCCACCGAGGACGACACUUUUGUGCCAUCAGAGUCCGAGGCUUGA